UCGGGCCAAGCGGCAGCAACAGAUGCCAAUUGAAUUCACAUUUGCAAUGAAGUUAUUUUUGAUCUGUGCUCUGUUUGCCGCAGUCUUGGCAUUGGCGGCCGGCAAUGUGGUCAUCAAUGGCGCCUGCCGGGACUGCUCGCCGCCAGAUGCUGAGACGCUGGUUGUGGGCGACAAGGUGUACAAGGGUCGGCCGGGACAUGGCACCGUCUAUAUCAAUGGACAGGACGACGAUUCGAACGCUGUGCGCCCCCAGGCUGGCGGCGGUGGCGCACCCUUUGUGGUGCCCGAGGGCUACAGCGGUCGUGUGCCCGGCGGCUCCUUUGUGCACAAUGCCGAUUGCGCCGGCUGCGACAUUACGGGCUGAACCAGUUGCUCCAAAUCUGUGUAUUUGCUAGGACUGAAAUAAAUGUGUUGUGCAGCGUCGAACGUAAAGUCAA